CACACGCUGAGGUGAAAGUGCAAGCUGCCAUUUUUUCGAAGGAAACCUCCUGAUUAGACAAGCAAAGACAAACUGUCGGUGCUCAGUGGCUCUCGAGCGGGCCGGGGUCAGUCGGGUCACGGGGGAAACGCACACUCACACCGGCAUGUCGUCCUUCUCUGAGUCGGCCCUGGAAAAGAAGCUGACGGAGCUAAGCAGCUCGCAGCAGAGCGUCCAGACUCUGUCUCUGUGGAUCAUCCACCACCGCAAACACUCAGCCCUCAUCGUCAAAGUGUGGCACAGAGAGCUGAAAAAAGCUAAAAGCUCCAGGAAGCUGACGUUCCUGUAUUUAGCCAAUGAUGUCAUCCAGAACAGCAAGAAGAAAGGACCUGAGUUUACCAAAGACUUUGAGAGUGUACUUGUCGAUGCCUGCUCCCAUGUUGCCAGUGAGGCAGAUGAGGGCUGUAAAAAGCACAUGGAGAGACUGCUGAACAUCUGGAAGGAGAGGAGCCUCUACAGAGGAGACUUCAUUCAGCAGCUCAAACUUGCCAUCGAAGACUCCAACAGCCCCAGGCCUUCAGAAGAGAAGAAGGCUGUGAAACGAAGCUAUCAGAAGAUCCAGGAAGAAGAAGAUGAUGAAGAUGAUGACUACAGAAGCCACAACUCCCCUCACAGCACAGACAUUUCUGCAACUCAGUUGACAGAGGAGCUGGUGAAGGCCCUACAGGACUUGGAGAACGCUGCAUCAGGUGACGCAGCAGUUCGUCAGAAGAUCGCCUCCCUGCCACAGGAAGUCCAGGACGUUUCCCUGCUGGAGAAAAUCACUGACAAGGAGGCAGCCGACAAGUUGUCAAAGACGGUGGAUGAAGCGUGUUUGCUGCUGGCAGAGUACAACGGCCGACUGGCUGCCGAGCUGGAGGACCGGAGGCAACUGGCACGCAUGCUGACUGAAUACAUCGGCAGCCAAAAGGAGGCACUCAUGGAGAGAGAGAAGAAACUAGAGGAAUAUAAGCAGAAACUGGCGAGAGUGACCCAAGUUAGGAAAGAGCUCAAGUCCCACAUCCAGAGCCUCCCUGACCUCUCCCUCCUGCCCAACGUGACCGGGGGUCUGGCCCCGCUCCCAUCGGCCGGAGACCUCUUCUCCACCGACUGAGAUUUCUUUGCUUAGAAAAACUACCCCCACGCCCCUCCUGUCCCCAUCCAAACCCAGCCCCAUGUUUGAUUCACACAACACUUCCAGCUGUGUCUCCAGCCAGAGGACACGUGGUCAAACCUCUCCCGGCAGCCAGCUCACCUGCUAACUCCAAACCUACAGGAGAAGAGGGAGGAAGGGACAUUAGAGACAAGGUUUGUUGAAAUCAAACUGCUCUGCGGAGGAGAACAGAGACUCUGUGAGGCCUGGAUUUUUUGAGCACUCGCUUGAUCGACAAGGAUUCCAAUUCACCAGCUUGGGACGAGUUUGUUUCCUGUUAGUUUUUUUUAAUGUUGGAAAUGAUCUAGGAGGAGGGGCGGGGUAAAGAAGCAAAGCUUAGACAGACAUAAAUGUUGGCUGUCAGGAGGUGUCAAUCAAAGUGUCUUUCUGUGUGGUAUAUUGUGGAUUCAGUGAGCAAAGGUGGGCCGUUUGCUCCAAAUUCUCAGAGGUUGUGACUACACUGUGAAGAGGAUGUACCAUUCAUCAGUUUUAUUUUUUUGGUUUUCAGUUGGUGGCUUUUUAUUGACCCAUAGGUGGUUUUGAUGUGUGUGUAAAAUUAGAGAAGAUCUCAGAUUGGGUUCGGUGUACGUUGCUUUUUUGUUGCUUCAUGAACGCUUCAUGGUCAACAGCUGCUACUCAGCACGCUCAUUUCAGUAACACUGCAUAGAGACGGUGAUUCUGUAGGUUCUGUUCCCAUAGUUUAAGUUGAUAGACGUGCUCUGGUUUUGUGUCCCGUGCAGGCGUUUUUCUCAUUUACAGACUUAAACUUUUCAAUUCAAAGUCCCAAUUUGUUUUUAUGAGUUUAUUUAGACAGAUGGAAUAUGGUUAUUAUGUAAUAAGUGUGUACUUAACAAGGUUUAAGUUUUAGAAAAUAAAUUCUGGAAGUUUGAGGAAACAAUUUAAAACAUUGUUUGCUUUCCAAUAAACAACCAGGGGCCAGAUGCAUAAAACUGAAGAAUCCUAACUAUGUGUACGUACAAAGGCAGAAAUAUACACACGCAGUCUUUUCAUCAGAUUUAUAAAGACGCACAUACGCCCGAUUCCUCAGUUACAGUGGAGCUGGGUGCACUGACCUCUUUUCCACAGCUACAAUUCACUGUAAAUGGAUGCAGAAAAGUCCUUAAACAUAAAUUUGUAAUCAGUAUUUGUGCCCCUCGACUAUCUGUUAGACCUGUCAGUGAGAAGAACGGCAUCAGCGAGGCUCUUCAACAGUGCCAGAGCAGCUGUCGUUAUACAUGGCUGCAGAUAUUUAUAGUGCCCAUACUACUAAUUCGUUACAUGUUUCUGCAAACCACUGACGCAGUGAAAUCUCAAUCGUUAUGAUUAUUAAUGAUCGGAAAGAUGAUCAUUGAAUCACAUAGUGCUCAAACUGACUUUACAAAGUGCUUCACAAUUCAGGAUCAAAUUAAACGAUCAUUUAGAGGGAGACAACUCAGAAAAUAUUAGAAAAAAAGAUAAAUAAAAUGAAGUCUAUAAAUGACUGACCUUUGAUUGACGUUUUACAGGACGCUGUGCAGUCGGCAAAAAUUAAACGAUAAGUGAAGUUAGCAAACAGCCUGAAAACCAUAUUUAAUUAUAAGGUUACAUCUCUCACCUCAUAUUUAAUGUUUACCUUCAUAUUACUCGCUGCUAUCUCAGUUAAAACCGUGUGUAAGCCUGGUCUUAAGUAUGGUGAGGUGUGCACAUUCUACCUUUAUGUGUGGAAAAAGACGUGUGCAUAGUUUUUGUGCAUAGGCAUCAUUUGUAUUAUACAUCUGGCCCCUGGUCUUUAACAAAGAAGUUAUUUUAUUUUUGAGUUUUAUGGCUUCAUACAAUUAGAGGGCAAAACAGUUGAAAGAAAAAAACGGAAAAAUAUUAAACGUCAUUAAGUUUUAGUGUGUAGAGCUAGGUAAUAUGGAAAUAAAUAUCAAAGAUGUGUUUUGGUAUAAAAAAAAACACACGAAAUAGACAGGAACUGUUAUAUCCGGUUACAUUCUCAAGAAUGAAAAAAAAAAAAAAAACGUGUUAAAAGAUUCACAAUACAAAAUUCCCACAAUGAUGUUAAAAUGAGGAAUAAUAAUUCAGACAUAUUUCCCAGUCCUAUCCUUGUGUGGAUGUUCAGUGAUGAAAUAUUUUGCUAAAGUGGCAGCAAGAAAAUUCAACUCUGCUGAACUCCCUUUCUCAGGUUUCUUUUUUAAAAUGAGGAGACAAACCACACAAUAAUAUAUCAGGUCCCUUAACUGAGAUGUUAAGAUUCGGAAGUGCGAGUUAACAGUUUGAUUUUCUUUACAGCUCUCUGUCAAGGCCAGGACAACAUGUAUCAUUUGUCCAUAUUUGAUUUUCAGUUGUCUCUAUACAGAAAAACAGUAAGAAGUUGGAUAAUAAAAAGGUCAGAGAUGUUUACUUAGACAAACUGCUCAUUGUGAUAUAGCCCUCAGAGGCCGAUGGCGGCUCCUGCUGCUGGUGAGAUGAGUGUUAUCUAAAGUCAAAGCGGAUUACAGGUGCUGUAACUUUACCUGCUGAUGCACAAGCUCGGGUGAGAAAUACUGCUGCAAAUACUUUUCAGUAAACUCUCAGAUUGAUUGGAGUCACCAGGCAGUCUGGAGCCACAACAUGUUUCUAACAGCAGGUAAAAAUGUGAAUCACAGCAGCUUCAGCGGUGUUUGUUAAAACAAAGGUGUGGAUGUAGUCGUUGCAGUCAUCUGUGCUGUCAUAAUGAGAUAUUUGGGACUGUUUUGGUGUGUUUAACUGACCCCUAAUGUCAGAUAAACCUCCUGUGGCUUUGGAUGUUAAAUGUUAAAGAACGGAGACGGGAGGAAUUUUAAACCAUUAUUUUGCUGUCUUGAUUUAAAUAUAAUUCAGCAGUAAACUAAAGACAAAACAAAAAGUGUGAGACACAGACACUGUAUGCCAGAAGGGAUUUCAGCAACAUUAUGACCCAGAUGUGCUUCAUUGUAGAUAUUAGUUAGAUCUUUUCUUACUUACUUGCUGUGUGGUAUGUGUUUCUCUCUGCAGAAUCAUACUGUACUACCAGGACUCAGUAGAGGUAGUGCUUUUCUGUAAUGAAAGUGAUUCAGUGGAUGCCAAUAAACUGGAACCAUUUGAACAAA